CCAAAGAGAACCAUACACUUGAUGAAGGCUAACCAACGGGACGUGGGCGUACUGGUUGCACGGCGUACUGGUGUAUGGCAGAGCACGAUACAACCAACGGGACGUAGGCGUACUGGUUGCGUUGUGGAGACAAGUCUAUUUAAAGACCCUGAGGAAAAUAGCUUCUCAGGGUUGUCAAUUAGCGAAAGAACCUCUGAAGAAGUGAAUAAUUUUGGGGGACCGAUUGAUAAAGAAUGUUAUAAUGACAUUCAGGACGAAAUUCAAGAUGAAAUCCAGGAUUUAGAGGUGUAUUAA